GGCCAGCCAGGGCAGAGGGCGAGAGUGGCUCUCUCUGGCUUUAUUUACUCCUUAAGAAUCGUUCACCCCAGCUGACCUUCCUCUCUCUCCUCCACUCCGCUCCCCAACGCCUCCCGAUUAAACCCUACUCUUUCUCUCUCCCCCACCUCCGCCUCGCGAAAAAUCCGACGGGCAAAUUAGCGGUGGGGAGGGCUUCGCCGGGGAGGAGGGACUUUUGGUUGGUUUGGUUUUGGUUCCGUGGGCGGCGGCGCAUGGAGGUGGCGGCGGCGGCGGCCGACUGUGCGGCCGGCGGCGGCGGCGGGCUGGUUGAGGUUAAGAAGGAGGCCGGCGCCGGGGACCUGUUUCUCGUGGACGACCUCCUCGACCUGCCGUGCGACGACGACGAGGAGGAGGAGCAGGUGGCGGAGGCGGCGGGGUUGGAGGACGGGGCUGGCGGCGGCGGCGCCGGGGAGGCCGGGAACGACGCGUCCGCCGACUCGUCGACGGUGACCGCCGUCGACAGCUGCAGCAACUCCAUCUCCGGCCUCGCCGACGGCGACUUCUCCGGCGGCCUCUGCGAGCCGUACGACCAGCUGGCGGAGCUGGAAUGGCUGUCCAACUACAUGGGCGGCGACGACAACUUCCCCACCGAGGACCUCCGCAAGCUGCAGCUCAUCUCCGGCAUCCCCUCGCCGUCCCAGAAGCUGGCGGCCAAGGCUGCGGCGGCGCCUCCCACUCGCGCGCCCGCCGUUGCGCCGCUGCACUCGGAGGCGGGGCCGGUGUCGGUGCCGGGCAAGGCGCGCAGCAAGCGGUCCCGCGUGGCGCCCUGCAACUGGUCCUCCCGCCUGCUGGUGCUCCCGCCGGCGCCCGCCUCGCCACCGUCCCCGGCGUCCGGGGUCUUGUCGCCGUCUGAGUCCGGCACCGGCUUCCAGGCCUUCCCGCACAAGAGGCCCGCCAAGGCGUCUGCCAAGAAGAAGGAGGGCGGCGGCCCCGCGGUGGCGCCGCUUAGCGCCGCGGCGCAGGCGGCGGCGGAGGGGCGGAGGUGCCUGCACUGCGAGACGGACAAGACCCCGCAGUGGCGGACGGGGCCCAUGGGGCCCAAGACGCUGUGCAACGCGUGCGGGGUGCGGUACAAGUCCGGGCGGCUGGUGCCCGAGUACCGGCCGGCGGCCAGCCCCACGUUCGAGCCGUCAGUGCACUCCAACUCCCACCGCAAGGUGGUGGAGCUGCGGCGCCAGAAGGACACCCCGCCGACGCUGCACCAGCAGCAGAUGCUCCUGCACCACCAGCACCAGCCGCGCCACCAGCACCACCAGUUUGGCGCCGGGCCGGGCCUCAUCCACGUGCCCAGCCCGCUGCUGUUCGACGGGCCGGCGCCGCCCGGCGCGGCGGCGGACGAGUUCCUCAUCCGCAACCGCAUUGGCCCCGACCACCGGCAGCUCAUCUAGCUAGCUAGCGAGCAAGAGCGCGCGCGCGCGCCUAGGAUUGUUUCGCAUUUAGCCCAGUAAUAAUUCAGCUUGAGCAAGAACAAGAAGAACCGUCAGUCAGUCAGCCAGCCAAAACUAAAACUUUUUCCUAGGGAGGAGUUGUUGUUUCUCCGGAUUUUAAUUUAUCUUUUUCCUGAGACCUGUA